AUGGCAACAUGUUUCUCCCCACAGGCACAAACACUUAUAGUGGCAUUCAUGAUGUCUCUUCUGUUACCACUCACCACGUCUUUCACCGUCAUCGUGUCAGAUUCCGGCAACCAAUCGGCUCUGGUAGAUGGACCGCAAUCUGGGUUUAUGAUGAACAAGAAUGGGGCUCGGACUGAGGCUCGUGAGCAAGAAGCGGUCUAUGACAUAAUGCGGGCCACCGGCAACGAUUGGGCGACCGACAUCCCCGAUGUUUGCCGUGGCCGGUGGCAUGGCAUUGAGUGCAUGCCGGACAAGGACAAUGUGUACCAUGUUGUUUCGUUAUCGUUUGGUGCAUUGUCCGAUGACACAGCCUUCCCUACUUGUGACCCAACAAAGUCUUACAUUUCGAAGUCUAUCACUAAGCUUCCCCACAUUAGAACUUUGUUUUUUUACCGCUGUUUUAGUUACAACCCACAACCCAUUCCUUCGUUUUUGGGCCAAUUGGCCCCAAGCUUGCAAAACUUGGUGCUUAGGGAAAACGGGCAUGUGGGCCCUAUUCCCACUGAAAUAAGCAAUCUCACAAGUUUGAAGGUUCUUGAUCUCCACAAGAACAACCAUAACGGUUCAAUUCCUGUUUCAUUGGGCCGGUUGGCCGGCCUAAGGUCGUUGGAUUUGAGCGGGAAUAAACUAACCGGUUCAAUCCCCGGUUUCAGCUUCCCUGUUUUAAAUGUUUUGGACUUGAGCCAAAAUCUACUUAUGGGUUCAAUCCCACCCACUCUUGCCUUUUGCCCCUCUCUAAUCAAAAUUGAUUUUAGCCGCAAUCGUCUCAGUGGUUCCAUACCAGAAUCAUUUGGUGGCCUUAAAGAACUCAUUCUUAUGGAUUUGAGCUACAAUCGGUUGUCGAAACCGCUUCCAAUAUCCAUUAGAAGCUUGAAUUCUCUCGAAGCAUUGAUUCUAAAAGGAAAUCCAAUGGGGGCUACUACGCUUGCUAGAGAAGAAUUUGAUGGUAUGAAGAGUCUUAUGACUUUAAUUCUAUCAAAUACAAAUUUGCACGGUCCAAUCCCCGAGUCACUAGGCCGGUUAACAAGCCUCCGGGUCAUUCAUCUUGAUGGGAACCACUUAAAUGGUUCAAUUCCUACAAACUUCAAGGACUUGAAAAAUCUUGGUGAACUAAGACUAAAUGAUAAUCAACUAACCGGGCCGGUUCCAUUUGGAAGAGAAAUGGUUUGGAAGAUGAGAAGGAAGCUUAAACUUCACAAUAACACAGGAUUAUGUUAUGAUGCUAACAGUGGUUUUGAAGAUGGCCUGGAUUCUACGUUUGAUUCGGGUAUCGGUCUAUGCAACUCGCCCGAACCCAGUUCAGCAAGGACAGUGCAACAUCUUUCUGCAAUUGAUGGGGCGAUUAUGCCAAGUACAACUAAAGAAUCCUCGGCUGCAGUUCAUGAAGCUUCAGUUAUUGUUAGGUUGCUUCAACAAACAAUAGCUAUUGUGUUUUUUUUAAUUUUCAUUUCAAGGUGA